CCCUGACUGUGGGAGCCUUUGGGCGGCCGGUACCCGGAUUCUGUUGUCAGCUCCCACGGGUACCCCCCGCGUUUCACCGGAGGGAGGGGCGCACGGAAACCGAGGCGGGAGGGCAGCCGGGGUCCCUUGCUGGCCCGGGAGCUCGGACGGGAAGUGGGAGCGGGGUCGGGAGCGGAGCCCGAGCUCCCAGCCUCCUGGAAGGCUGGGGGCGGACGCGGGGUCCCAGAUUUACCUCGAUGGGACGUUCUCCAGUGGCCCCUCAAUUUGGGAGGCUUUCAGCCCCAGGGCUUGAGAGUUCAGACCGGAAUCUCAGAUGAACAGGGGGGAGAGGAGAUGGCGAGGUAUUGGGGGUUUUGCACUUGGGUUAUAUGUGGGGCUGCUAACUCCACGUUCAGUGAUUCAAAACCACUAGCUGCUCCUAGAGAGGGAGAUGAGGCUGUCUAUUCCUAUAUUCCGCCCUGCCUGUGGAGUCGCCAUGAAAUGACGUUGAAGAAAAUGAGGCAGAAGGAAGUCCACAAGUCUUUCCAAGGCCCGGUUGUUGUGUGUAGGACUCCGAACAGUCACCUUUACAAGUUUACGGAUGGCAACGGGGACUCGGGGGACUCCUCUGAGGAAGAGGCACACCAUGUGGUUCUGCGACCCCGGGGCAAGGAGCGUCACAAGGACUGCAAUCACCAGCCUGGAGCCCCUGAAGUGGUGCUGCUACAGCGCGAGCUGGCCCAGGAGGACAGUCUCAACAAGCUAGCGCUGCAAUAUGGCUGCAAAGUGGCAGAUAUCAAGAAAGUCAACAACUUCAUCCGAGAACAAGACUUAUAUGCUUUAAAAUCCAUUAAGAUUCCCGUGAGAAACCAUGGUAUCCUAACAGAGAUGCACGAAGAGCUAAAACCCCUUCCAAACUCGUCCUCAGAGACCAAAGUGACCUUCAUGGAGUUGCCCGAUCCAGACGGAGCACCUAUAGGCAGCAGGGGUCACUCGAGCCAGCUGAUGGAUUUCUUUAAGGGAGUUGACCAGAAUCUUGAGAGUGCAGUGCAGUCCGAAAUCUUUCUGCAUGAAAGUUACUGCGAGCCCUCCGAUCAGCUGCUCCUUCCUGCUACUCAGAAGACACCGGCAAACGGUGCGGACUGUGGAAUUCAGUGGUGGAAUGCCGUUUUCAUCAUGCUUCUGAUUGGGAUUGUUUUGCCAGUAUUUUAUUUGGUCUAUUUUAAAAUACAAGCUAUUGACAAGUCUCCUAGUGUCUUGAACACAACUGCUGUCCCUAAUGGUUCCUUAGUAUCGAGUGCAAUUCCAGAGAGAGCUCCUAAAUUAGCAAUGCCAGUGCCAGCUAGACAUUUCAGUCAGACCACCCAUGCAGGGAGCUAGGCUAUAUUUGUGCUUACGGAAUUAGCCUUAAUGACGGGCUUUGAUGUGCAUCAGCUGACACUGGCUGUAUCCUAGGAGGGAUGUUUUAUUUGUGAUACCUAGAUACUGUUCAGAAGUCUCUGUUGUGUUCUCGAGUGUGCUUACCCUGGGGAACUUAGCCCAAGGCUGCCGGAGCCCAUACCCGCCUCCCCCAGCCUCCUGCAUCAGAAAUGUGCAGUUAGUCGCUAAACAUGCAACCCACUACACCACCCAGGCUCCUAUGAAGGGGGCUAAGUGCCAAGCUCUGGGGGUGAUAGAUGGCACUUGUCCACCUUGGCAUGAGCUUGCUUUUUGGACUCGUUUGGCCAAAUAGAUGUAAGCAAUCUCAUAUGUAAGAUGAGGACGUGUAUCAGAAAAGUACUCUUUUCCACUCGUGAAAAAGCAGCGAUGUGCCCAGGUUUAAUAACAAACGUAAAGUCUCUUCAAAAUGUCACUACAAAAGCAAAGUGCUCUCCAGGAUGAAACGGACUUGUGAAGCCGUGGUAGAAGUUUAGAUCUGGUCGGCGCGUUUCUGGCAAAUGUCUCCCUUGCUGUGCCGUCAAGGCGUAGCUCCUCUCGCCCUGUCACCAUCAUCCAGGCGGGGCAUCGUUUAGGACACGCCACUUUUGCCAGGCAAAGAACAAAUAUCUUUAUCUUCUACUUUUCUUAAAUGGAAUAAAAGUUUCUUCUGUGAAGGAAA